CUUUCUCCACAGAAACUAUCUGACCGACAAAAGCAGGCCAUUCAGCCCAUUGUGGGCAUUAACAAUCAAAACUUUCACGUUUCGAGCUUUUUUACUGCCGUGUUGUGAUUCAGCCGACAGGUGGCAGCCGUGCAACGCGUAACAAUGUCAGGAGGUCCGAGUGUUGCAUUGAGGCGGACAAAAUCUGCAGUCACACGACACCAGGUUUGUUUAAGAUCACAAGCUUUCUGAGUUUGUCAGGUGAACGAAGGAGCAUAAAGUUUGUGAUCUUUAUCAAACCUGUUGGACAAUAAGGUGUAACAAUGAGACUGCUGCGUUCAUACAACGCCUCAAUACAUCCCAGACAAUAACCUAAGAAAUGAUCUAAGGAAAACGAGCGGACAAUGUGUACAAAGUACAAUCCUGAAAAGUACAAUCGGAAAAUGAAAUGGGUAAUCGGUCUAUCCUUUUCAGUGUGAGGACUGUUGGAUGACCAGACUGUUGGAGGGCAGCACGGUGGCUCAGUGGUUCGCACUGCUGCCUCACAGCGCCCGAGAUCCAGCCUCGGGCGACUCUCUGUGUGGAGUUUGUACAUGUCCUAUUAGUUAUGGACUAUUGUUGCGAAAGGCGCUACAUAAAUGCAAGAACCUCGGAAUCCCAUUUCUGCAUCUGUUAUCGCAAAACCAUCUGAUCAUUUUAUAGUUCUUUGUGUUUGAGAUUGAGUGCCAGCCAUCAUGACACAAUUCAGGUUACGGAUCCAGAUCUGACCCAGGGUAUCACCAGAGGGUCUGUGAUCGGCAGUGAGUUCAGGGACUACUGGCUCCCCGCCAUCUCCACCUGUUCCUCUCACCCGCGCUCUCUCUUUCUCUCUCUCAGACACACACUGUCCCCUCCCCCAAAAGCAACUUUCUCCGCACCUUACCGCGCCGGGGUCAAAGCCCCCGCGGCGUUCUAACCCUGUAUCUCCUUCAAAAUAUUGUUUUUCACUGUUUUCCCGGUCAAAGUCUUGAUAAAACAUAGUUACUAGUGAUUCUUCGCUGACAAUUCCAGUGAAAUCUGUCAGUCAGUGAUUAAACUGAAUGUGUUGACCAGCGCAGCCACAUUGAAACUGAAAGCGGUUUGAAUCAGGAAGUGCUGAGGGUGAAUAUGGCUUCCAGACAGCAGCUCCUGAGACUGACCGAGGAGACUAUUUGUCCUAUUUGUCUGGAUUUCUUCACCGACCCGGUUACACUGGAGUGUGGACACAACUUCUGCCGCUCCUGUAUCACCCAGAGUUGGAAAAACAUGAGGAUAAACUCCUGCCCGCAAUGUCGAGAGAAGUUUCCGGAAAGAAACCUCAGGGUAAAUCGGGCCUUGGCGAAUCUGACCGAGGAGACUCGAAAUUUAAAACUGGAAGUGAAAGAGGAGAAAAGUAAACCUCACUGUGAGAAACAUCAGGAAGAUCUAAAACUGUUUUGUGAAACUGACAAGAAAUUGAUCUGUCUGAUUUGUAGAGAUUCGCGGGAACACAGAGAGCACCGCUUCCUGCCGAUCAAUGAGGCUGUUGAGUCUUACAAGGAUCAGCUGAAAUCUUCCUUAGAUUCUCUCACAGAGAAGAGAUCGGCGGUUCUACAAACAGAACUGACCCAGAAACGGAAGAUUUCCGAAGUGAGGGAACAGGCGAGCAGUCUGCAGACCCACAUCACAUCCGAGUUCACUAAAAUGCACCAGAUUCUCAUUGAGAAAGAGCAGCGUUUACUCAGAGACCUCAGGGAAGAAGAGGAGAGGGUUGUAGAACCAAUGGAGAGAAACCUUCGAGAGAUUCAGGAGAAUUUAAAUUCUAUUCAGGAGAAACUCUCAAAGUUGCAGAAACAGAUGGAGCAAAAAGACGAGCUGAUAUUUCUGAAGGAGGAAGCUUGUCGGAAGAGAAGGGUUAGUGAUGAGUGGAAUAAUCUCUCAGCUACUGAUGCCUCUCUGUCUCUCAGGCAGUUCACUGGCCCUUUACAGUACAUAGUCUGGAAAGAAAUGAUACACACCAUUCACCCAGCUCCAGCCUCUCUGACUCUGGAUCCAAUCACAGCAAAUCCUUGGCUCAUUCUGUCUGAGGACCGGACCAGUGUGACAGUCGGAGACAAACGGCAGUCGCUCCAUGAUGCCCCGGAGAGCUCCAGCUCAUCUGACUCUGGAUCCAAGUACAGCGAAUUCUUGGCUCAUCACUGCCAGGCCAGUGUAAGACUUAUAAAUAAACCACAAUACGAUAUGGGAGAUUAUAAAGAGGACUUCAAUGGUCGUAAUAUCUGGAUUACUAGUGAGAUGCUGACAUUGAUCAUGGCUUCCAGACAGCAACUCCAGAGACUGACCGAGGAGGCAGUUUGUCCCAUUUGUUUGGAUUUAUUCACCGAUCCGGUUAUACUGGAUUGUGGACACAACUUCUGCCGCUCCUGUAUCACCCAGAGUUGGGAAGAGAAGGAGAUAAACUCCUGCCCGGAAUGUCGAGAGGUGUUUCCGGAAAGAAACCUCAGGGUAAAUCGGGCCUUAGCGAAUCUGGCCGAGGAGGCUCGAAAAUUAAAGCUGGAUCCGAAAGAGAAGGAAAGUAAACCUCACUGUGAGAAACAUCAGGAAGAUCUGGAGCUGUUUUGUGAAACUGACAAGAAAUUGAUCUGUGCGAUUUGUAGAGAUUCGCGGGAACACAGAGAGCACCGCUUCCUGCCGAUCAAUGAGGCUGUUGAAAUCUACAAGCAUAAGCUGAAAUCUUCCUUAGAUUCUCUCACAGAGAAGAAAUCGGCGGUUCAACAAACGGAACUGACCCAGAAACGGAAGAUUUCCGAAGUGAGGGAACAGGCGAGCAGUCUGCAGACCCACAUCACAUCCGAGUUCACUAAAAUGCACCAGAUUCUCACUGAGAAAGAGCAGCGUUUACUCAGAGAUCUCAGGGAAGAAGAGGAGAGGGUUGUAGAACCAAUGGAGAAAAACCUUCGAGAGAUUCAGGAGAAUUUAAAUUCUAUUGAGGAGAAACUCUCAAAGUUACAGAAACAGACGGAGCAAAAAGUCGAGCUGAUAUUUCUGGAGGAGGAAGCUUGUUGGAAGAGAAGAACUAGUGAUGAGGGGAAGAAACUCUCAGCUGCUGAUGGCUUUCUGUCUCUCAGACAGCUCACUGGCCCUUUACAGUACACAGUCUGGAGAGAAAUGAUACACACCAUUCACCCAGCUCCAGCCUCUCUGACUCUGGAUCCGAACACAGCGCAUCCCCGGCUCAUCCUGUCUGAGGACCGGACCAGUGUGAGACUCGGAGACACAGAGCAGCCGCUCCCUGACUCCCCGGAGAGAUUUGAUCCCUGGGAAUGUGUCCUUGGAUCAGAGGGAUUCACAUCAGGGAGGCAUUACUGGGAGGUGGAGCUGGGGGAGAAGAUCUGGUGGUAUCUGGGAGUGGCCCGAGAGUCUGUGAAGAGGAAAGGAGGGAUCAUCCUGAACCCGGAGACCGGAUUCUGGAUUGUGGGGCUGAAUCCCGAAUGUGGUUAUUUAGCCGCCACCUCCCCCUCACUGACUCCCCUCUUCCCAAGUGCGAAUCCCCGGAAGAUCGGGGUUUUCCUGGACUAUGAGGGUGGACAGGUGUCAUUUUACAAUGCGGACACCAUGUCCCAUCUCCACACUUUCACCCACACUUUCACUGAGAGACUCUUUCCCAUCUUCUAUCCAGGAGGGAAUGACGGCGGGAAAAACCUCGCCCCGUUGACAAUCUGCGGGAUUAAAUGGCACUGACAGAUCCAUCCCAUAAUUUCACCCCGUCCCCCUGCCUCCUGCCAGCUGUAAAUUGAUGGGAGUCAGUCUCAGUCUGGGGGAAAGAAGGAGGGGGAGAGAAGAAACAAAUAGAAGCUCAAUUGUAGAGAGGGACUGACUGGGUAGAGUGAGCUGUGAGCUGCAGGAACCCGGGGAUCUUCCUGUCUGUAAUGUUGCUCCACGGGCGGGAGGUGGCGCUACAUGACGGUGUUGGAGAUGAAUCAGUCAGUGGUUCUCAGACUGGGCUCAGGAGUCUUUCCAGGGGGAGACCAAAUCAUUUCACUGCCGGUCAGUGGAGUCUUUCCAGGGUGAGUCGGCUCAAUCAAAAUAAAAACGUCAGACUGAGCUUGUUUAGACUUCCACCAUGUGUCAGUAAUGUAUAUCCCACACAUAAUUUGAUAACAUUGAGAAACUGGUCUUGUUUUGCUCAGGUCUGUAACUAUUGCCCAGAAUGUUAACUGCUCUUUCGUAAAAUUAGAAAAUUUGAAAACCUCAGAUUUGAAAGUGAUAGGUGAAUUGAUUAUUUAUGUCAUGAUCAGAUAAUAUUUAACCAUGGUUGAAACCGUUCAGCUGGUGCAAACUGCAAUGUAGGUGGAGUCAGUUAUCAGUUAUCCCUGAGUUAUUGCUCUUAUCUCAUUUACAGUGAAAUAAUCCUUGAGUCGCACCUACGAAAAUGUCUGUUUGAUAAAACUCUCGCACUCUACUAUGCACCGAACCUAUUCAGACUUUCGAUGUCUAUGUUUAUGUAAUUAUAAUUUAUAUAGAAGUGCAGUAUCAAAUUUGAAAAUUGUUUCUUCAAUCAAAUCAAUAUCUGUGAUUCUCUACAGUGAAAGCAAGGCUUCUAAAAAAAAUAUAUCAUCAAUAAAUCCAAGACAGUUGUCAUUUUAUUUAUAAAUUUCUCCAGAACAUGUAUUCUUAAAGCUCAUAUUCCAACUUCAUCUGGAUUAUUUCAAACUUCACUGUUUUGAGUCAAUGGAGUGUUAGUUACCGGGAAAUGAUCCCACGUUUACUCUGGAUUUUCAGUUAUUGCUCCCUUCGGUAGGAUCUUAGAGUCAGAGAUUGAUUGAGUCCUACAGCACAGAGAAUAGGCCCUUCGGCUCAAACUGCUCCAUGCCAACCAAACGGUCUAUCCACACUAACCUCAUUUCCUUGCACUUGGCCCAUAUCCUUCUACACAUUUCCUAUCCACGUAUUUCUCCAAACUUCCUUGAAAUGUUGUUAAUGUGCCCGUUUCAACCACUUCAGCUGGCAGCUUAUUCCGUAUGCAAUCCAUCCUCUGUGUAAAAUCAUUGCCCCUUUUAUUCCUUCCCCUCUCACUGGAAACUGAUGUCCUCUCUUCCUUGAUUCUGCAACCCUGGGUAAAAGACUGAGUGUGUUCACCCUAUCCAUGCCUCCCGUGAUCUUAUUCACUUCUCUAAUAUCUCCGCUCAGUCUCUUCCACUCUAAAGUAAAAAGUCCUCGCUUGUCCAACCUUUCCCUAUAACUCAGACACUUGAGUCCAGGUAACAUCCUUGUAAAAUUCUU